CCUGCCCCAUCUACCCAACCACCAUCAACGUGUCCUGGAGUAAAGGCAAAAAAGUCUGAAGAGCUUGUGGCAGUGGUCAGGACAAAAAGCAUCGAGCACAGACCUGCACACCUCCAAGGGGAAGGGGGGGAUCUAUUCACAGCAGCCAGGACUAGAAGCAGAAACUUUGGGAAUCUCCAAACGGCAAGAUGAAAAAGUCAAAGGUGACGGAUCAAGCUGCUGAUAGGCAGAAGGGAUUAGGAAUCAAGAAGAAGUCCAAAGUGGCAGGUGUCAUGAUCACACAGUUUGAGGCGGAACUGCCGGAGGGAAAGACAACCCCCGAUUUUUCUCGCAAACCCAUUGCGAUUACUAUUCAAGAAGGAAAAAGUACAAACUUUAAAGCCAUAGUUGUGGGGAAUCCGAAACCCAUCGUCACAUGGACCCGAGCAAACGGAGAAAUCGUUUUUCACCCGGACACCUGUCGGCAAAAUUACAACGAAUCAUCACACGAGCAUACUCUGGAGUUUCCCAAGGUGGCCCCAGAGGAUGCCGACACCUACAAGUGUUAUGCAACAAACGAUUACGGGCGAGCCGUUUGCACCGCCGUCCUGAACGUUAUUGAAGUGGGAUUCUCCAAAGCCAAAGAACUUCAAAAGACAUACGGGGACGAUAUACCGGACUUUCUUCGCAAAAAGCUGAGGAAACGCACUAUCGCGGUAGGAGUGCAAGACGAUAAGAUGGCCACCUCUGAGGCGAAGAUCUUGGAAAUUCUCAUGAAUGCGGAUAAGAAAGACUAUGAGCGCAUUUGUGCGGAAUACGGCUUCACUAAUUUCCGUGGGAUGUUGAAGAAACUGAAGCAAAUGAAGCAAGAAGAAGAAGGCAUGGAUAUUGCAGAGGAAAGCGAAAGGUUUGCCUUUGACGACGAAGUAAAACAUUCUCUGAUCCAACUUGACAAAAAACAUGAUGGAGGCCUCUACACAAAGGAUGAGGAGGGCGCCUCUGUAUUCACUGCCAACUUUAAAGUACCUGAGGUCGACUUUGCUCUUAAAAUCCAAGAGGUCAAGGCGGAUGAAAGACAGGAUGCACUCUUUACAUGUGUCCUAACUGCACCUCAGAAUGAGAUCAAGUGGCUGGGCAAGAACGAGCCACUGUCAAAUAGCGAAAAGUUUGAAAUCACCGUUUCGGAAGAUGAGCUCAUCCACAAGUUGAUCGUGCGCGAUUGCUCGCCAUCGGACGCUGGCAUCUACGCCGCUGUGGCAGGCAUCAAAUCAUGUAAUGCCUGGCUUGUGGUUGAAGAGGAUAAAGAGGCUAGCAGCAUAGGAAAGAAACCAGCUCGGAAAAACACUCUAGCCGGAGUGGAAGCUGAUGCUGACUUGUUGAGGAUCGCCAAGGAGCAGCAAGAACGGUACCAGUUGGAGCGGGACGCUGCAGAGGAAGCUGCCCGACUGAAAGCUCAGGCGGCUAGAAAGCAGUCUGUCGAGGCUAAGAAGAAGGUGGAAGCUGUUGCAGAAGAGCCAGAAAGGAGAGCUUCCAUUAAAGGGCAAAGAAGCAGUUCUAUUGUUACUGAUGUCGCAGAUCCGAUUGAAGAGAAUGAAGAAAUCGGGGAAAAUUCCUUAUUUAUGGAAUCAGUUGAGGUAGACAAAGUAACAGUAGGAGAUGGGCCCCCUACUCAAGACAUAGGUGAAGGAAAUGAUCAGGCCGAGAGAAAGGCACAGCCAAAAAGUGAAAAGUCUGGAAAAAAAGACAAACAUCCCAAAGUCAUUGCGAGCCCAAUUGCAGACGACAAAGACAUUGCUGUUGGACAUGAUCAUGGUGACGAAAUGGCAAAGCAAAAAGGUGAAAACUCUGGGACAACAGAAAAGUGUCCCAAAGUGAACAUUCCGGAUGCCAGAGACGCUGCUGUUGCUAAGAAAGGGAAAGAUAAAGUUGAGGAGAGUGAGGAAGAAGAGGAGGACGAACAGCCGGCAGCCGGCAAGCGUGUCAGAGUAAGGCAAGGGCCGCUGAUCGAGGAGACAAUCAUGGACCCAGGCGUUCACUUCCUCAUUGGAUUAAAUGACUGCAAAGCCAUCAUCGGAGAAGAUGCGGAACUUGCGUGCAAACUCAGCACCGAGGACUGCGUGGGUAUCUGGUACAAAGAUGGAGAAGAGAUCAAGUCGAACGAGGGUAUGACCAUUAUAAAGGAAGGAAGCUACCAUAAGCUUAAACUUCACAAAGUCCCAGAGGAAUUUGCUGGAAAAUAUAAGUUUGAAGCAGAUGGACGAAAGACAGAGGCCUUGGUGGUUGUUGAAGAUCCACCAAGAUUUGACCCCGAGGAAUUAAAAACCUUUAUUACCCCUGUCACGGUGAAAAAGGGGCACAGAGCAACCUUCAGUUUAUCUUAUAUUGGACGAGAGCCGAUAAAAGUUCAGUGGUUCCUUGAGGGGGAAGAGCUUUCGGAUGAAGCCAAUAUCAAGCUGGAGAACUCAGACGGCAACACACGUUUGCUUCUGAUCAAGCUGCAGCGCAAGGACAGCGGCGAAGUCAAACUAAAGCUCAAAAAUGAGUACGGCACUGCCGAGGGCUUAACUGAACUGAUCGUACGAGAUAUGCCCACUCCCCCGAUGGGACCUGUGGAGAUUGUCGAAGCUUCCUCCUCUGCAAUCGAGAUCAAAUGGAGACCACCAAAAGACAGUGGCGGCUGCCAGAUAGACAACUACAUCCUCGAGAGGCAACAGAUUGGUCGCAACACCUGGAAGAAGCUCGGACCCAUCGGUCCACUGGCCAAAUACCGGGACUCAGACGUAGACCAUGGUCGUAGGUACUGCUAUCGCAUCAGAGUGGAGACUGAAAUGGGCACCAGCGAUAUGAUGGAAACGGAGGACAUUCAGGCCGGGACAAAAGCAUACCCAGGACCUCCAUCAACACCAAAAGUUGUCAGUGCCUUCAAAGACUGCAUCAACCUCUCCUGGUCUCCUCCUGCCAACACGGGAGGCACCAGUAUUCUUGGAUACAACCUUGAAAAGCGCAAAAAAGGAAGCAAUCUCUGGGGUCAAGUCAACCCAUCACAGGAGAUGAUCAAAGCUAAAGGGUUCGCUGUUAAAGAUGUGGUAGAGGGGAUGGAAUACGAAUUUCGUGUGUCGGCAAUAAACAACUCGGGUGCUGGUGAAUUCAGCACACCUUCAGAGUUUGUCUUUGCCAGAGAUCCCAAAAAGCCUCCGGGAAAAGUCCUUGAUUUGAAGGUGACCGACUCUAGCUACACAACUCUAUGUCUGUCUUGGGUCAAACCCAAGGACAUUGAGGGGGUCACGGACGAAGCCAAAGGAUACUUUGUGGAGAUCCGCCCGGUAGAAGACACAGAGUGGCACCGUUGCAAUUCCAACGUAGUUACCACAAAUUUCUACACAGUGAAAAACCUGAAGUCGAUGGCCAUGUACUGGGUGAGAGUGAUUGCUACCAAUGAUGGAGGAGAGGGAGAACCACAGGAUUUGAAUAACUACAUCCUUGCAAUGCCGCCUCCCGUGAGACCACGCUUCAUCAACAGCAAAAUCAAGAGUUUCAUGGUGGUGCAAGCGGGAAAUUCAGCACGUCUCACAUUGAACUUUGAGGCCUCCCCUUGGCCUGAAGUCACAUGGCUGAAAGAUGACGUCCCGGUCAGUAGAAGGGUGACGAUUAGCAAUGCGGAAGGCACAUCACAGCUCUUGAUUCCUUCUGCCGUGCGCUCAGACUCUGGUGUCUACACCAUCGUCGUCAAGAACAUUGUCGGACAAGAAACGUUCAGUAUUGAAAUAAGAGUCACAGAUGAGCCAAAGCCACCAGGCCCCGUGGAAAUAGAAGAAAAUGUGCCAGGCACUGUGACCAUUUCUUGGGAACCUUCUCCAGAUGAGAAACGUGAUGACAGGUUGUAUUACAUGGUGAUGAAGAGAGACUCCAGCAAGCGAACAUGGAACACAGUCGCAGAUCACAUCUUUAACAAUAGGUUCACAGCCUGCAGCAUAAUGCCGGGCAGAGAGUAUAGGUUUCGUGUCUAUGCAAAGAAUGACAUGGGCGCCUCUAAACCCUCCGAAUCACCAAAGUGGCUGAUACCGGUCAAGAAAGAGAAGUUCACAGUGAACAUGCCAAAAUCCCAAACCUGCAACCUCGAGUGCCCCCCGAGGUUUCUCGUCCCGCUAAAAAUGCACGUUGCUCCCCAAGGAUAUGAAUGUUACAUGAGCUGCGCUUUAAAGGGGGAUCCGACACCUCAUGUCACAUGGCUUCGUGACAACGUUAGCCUGAAUACCAACACCAACUACUACAUCUCCAACACCUGCGGAGUUUGCUCUCUACUCAUACUCAGGGUCGGAUCCAAGGACACCGGAGAGUACAAGGUGGUGGCGGAAAACCCCAUGGGGAGAGCAGAGUGUUCUACCAAGUUGACAGUUAGAGAAUAAAAAAAAAAACCUCUGAAGCUGCAGGACCUGUGACCACCCAAAAAAAUGUUAAGCUGUCACUUGCAUGAAAUGACUCCUGAUCUUCAGUUGAAGCAAUCCUUUCUUUGACACACCAAUGAAAUGAAUAUUGUAAAAUGAUGAAGAAUUAUUAUAUUCAUUCAAAAAUUCAAAAUCAAAACCAAUAUCUAUUUUGAUGGUUCUACCAAGUAAAAUUUGACCUGACCUGAGCUUUACAAAUACCGUAUACCAUUUUUAAAAAGGUAGUUUCAGAUGAGACAACUAUAGUGUGCAUGUCUAAAAGCAAACAGUAUAUUGUGUAAAUGAAGUAUAUUCAUGUUAAAUUCAAUUGAAUCAAAGCUGACCGUCCAUUGACUGAAUUGUUUAACUCCCAAAGCAUUAAUCGAUAAGCAUGACAUUGUUUUUAAGUUCAAUGUAAAUAAACCUUUUGACUCACAAUAAAUUAUGAUUUUUAUUUAUUUAUUCAUUCAUUUAUUCAUUAAAACAACAACCAACAUUAGCGGCGCAUUACCAAAUUACAAUUAAGGGCAAAUAGUGGCGCUCCCUCUAGCAGACGGCGUGCCCCCAAUUAGUAACCGGAUGCGUCAUUCAACACGGUCAUCAAAGAUUUAACAGCUGAACCUAUUUUGAUUUCAAAACUGCCAGACAAGCACAGAUAGUAUGACUUCAACUCUUAGCGCAUGUUGUAAAUGUGGAACGUCUUCAACUAAAAUAAACGUUACACUCAAACCACAA